ACACGUCCUCUGCCCCUCCCCUCCAGAGAGGGCUCCAUUUGCCGUCGUGCGUUGCGGCGAGCGAGCCCCGUGAGUGGAUGCGGGAAGGCUCUCCCCUGAGGGGAAGACUCCGUUUCCCGUCGUGCCUUGCGCGCCGCGCCUGGCUGAGGCGAAGAAGGAGCCCUCGAAGCGCCGCCGCCCCGCUCGCCGCGCGUCGCCAUGCUGGAGGAGGCCGGCGAGGAGGUGCUGGGCUCGGUGCUGCUGAAGGCCUCCUGCCUGCCGCUGAGCUUCCUGCUGGUGCUGCCCGCCGUGCUGCUGCUGCUGCUGGGCCCGCCGCCCGCCGACGCCGCCCACGAGUUCACCGUCUACCGCAUGCAGCAGUACGAGCUGGCCGGGCAGCCCUACGGCACCCGGAAUGCCGUGCUAAACACGGAGGCGCGCACAGUGGAGGCGGAUGUCCUGAGCCGCCGCUGCGUGAUGAUGCGGCUAAUGGACUUCUCCUAUGAACAGUACCAGAAGGCGCUUCGGCAGUCAGCCGGCGCCGUGGUGAUCAUCCUGCCGCAGAGCAUGUCUUCGGUGCCUCAGGAUGUCAUCCGGCAAUUCAUGGAAAUCGAGCCAGAAAUGCUGGCUAUGGAGACCAUUGUGCCGGUCUAUUUUGCCGUGGAAGACGAGGAGCUCCUCUCAAUCUACGAGCAAACGCAGGCGGCUUCUGCAUCGCAAGGCUCCGCCUCAGCUGCCGAAGUGCUUUUACACACGGCAACUGCCAACGGCUUCCAGAUGGUGACCAGUGGGGCUCAAAGCAAAGCAGUCAGCGACUGGCUCAUCACCAGCGUGGAGGGUCGGCUGACUGGUCUGGGAGGAGAGGACCUGCCUACUAUUGCCGUAGUAGCUCACUACGACUCUUUUGGAGUUGCCCCGUGGCUCUCCCAUGGCGCCGACUCCAAUGGUAGCGGGGUCGCUGUGCUCUUGGAAUUGGCCAGACUCUUCUCCCGCCUCUACACCUACAAACGGACCCACGCUGGGUACAACCUGCUCUUCUUUGCAUCCGGAGGUGGCAAGUUCAACUAUCAAGGGACGAAGCGGUGGCUGGAAGACAACUUGGAUCACACAGAUUCCAGUUUGCUGCAAGACAACGUGGCCUUUGUCCUCUGCCUGGACACUCUGGGGAGAGGGAACAGCCUUCACUUGCAUGUCUCAAAGCCUCCAAAGGAAGGGACCCUUCAGCACGCUUUUCUGAAGGAGCUGGAACUGGUGGUUGCCAGCCAGUUCCCAGAGGUGAGGUUCUCCAUGGUGCACAAGAAAAUCAACCUGGCAGAAGACAUGCUGGCCUGGGAGCACGAGCGCUUUGCCAUCCGCCGCCUCCCAGCCUUCACCGUCUCCCACCUCGAGAGCCACCGAGAUGGCCUGCGCAAGAGCAUCAUGGACGUGAGGUCAGCUGCUGGGACACGGGUUGACCCCAAAAUUCUCACCCGCAACACCCACAUCAUUGUGGAGGCAUUGACACGGGUUAUCUACAACCUAACAGAAAAGGGAGUGCCUGCUGACCUCCAGAUCUUCACAGAGCAGAUGCAGAUCCAACAGGAACAGAUGGAGUCGGUGAUGGACUGGCUCGCCAGCCAGCCGAGGGCCGCCCAGCUGCUCGACAAAGACAGCACGUUUAUCAACAGUCUAGAAUACUCGAUGAGCCGCUACCUCAAAGAUGUCAAGCAGCAUCACGUGAAGGCAGACAAGCGGGAUCCUGAGUUCGUUUUCUAUGACCAGUUGAAGCAAAUAAUGAACGCAUACAGGGUCAAGCCUGCCAUCUUCGACCUCCUCCUGGCUCUCUGCAUAGCCGCCUACCUUGGAGUGGCCUACAUUGCUGUCCAACACUUCGGUCUCCUUUACAAGCUGGUGCAGAGGCUAUCCCUGAAAUCCAAACAGCAAUGAAAGGGCCAAAUAAAAGCUCUGCUGUCGCAAGGGAGCCCCUGAGGACCAUGGCUGUGUCGGACGCUGCAGCAGCUCGUUCCCUUUUGCGACACUGGAGUAGGAGCCAAAGGCUGAGAUGAAAACGCUCUGCGACUCCCUUGCAUUUUUGCAAACCUGCAUUUCCCUCCUCCCUUUGCUGCUGUCCCCCCUCCCCUUUCUUGGGACAGAGCCCCAGAUGUACACCAACUAGUUCCAGACUGGUCGAACAAACGAGUGGCUGUUUCGUUCCUUUCCUUCAACUGCCCACCACCGGCAGUCUCCCGGGGAAUCUUCCUCCGAACAAAAAGACAUUUCCAUAAAUGCGGAGCUGCUGUACGGGAAGCGACGCACGUGCCAUAGAUCUGAGCGUUGGGGGAGAAACCUGGUGGGGUGAGAUGGGGGCCUGCCUGUCAGAAGGAGAACUUGAAGGGGUGCUUUGGGGUUGGUUUGUGGUGUUUUUUUUAAAAAAAAAUGUGCACAUGUAAAUUAAAAGAAAACAACUUGA